AAAAAUUGGAAAACACCAUGACAAACAGGCUAAAACCGCAACCAACCUACGUCGAUGUAGAGGUAGACUACUGGUAAAGGUGUGGGAACUCAUUGCGUAUGUUUGAUGUGCACUGUCAAAUCCGCUGUUAGGAAGGUCGACAACACAAUAGUAUUUUAUUCAAAACGCCUGCCGUUCGGAGAAGAAGAUCACCUAGUUUAAGGGGUGAAAUCGAAAGGAGUAUGCCGUAGGUAGGAAUCAUUUCUCCUCGGCUGACUUCAUUUCCUCGCUAACCGACAGUAGAAGGACAAACUGGAAAGUAAAGUCCCGGAACGACAUAUCAAGAUAGAUUGCGUUGUUAUCAAGUUGACGUUUUACAACAAUGGCGGAUAGUGUUGGGGAGCAAUCCAACGGUGCCAUUGGUUCAGCCGUAGGGACAAGUCAGGGCAAUGGAGCUCAGUUGUUACCGAGUUUGGGUAAUUCCCUGCCGGGGCACUCGACGAGUAGUGCUAACCCAGCCUCGCCGCCUCCCGCGGCGGCCGCAGAGACCGGCCUAGCUGUUAUGGCUCCCGGUAUAGCAGAUUCGAUCAGCCCUGUUGACAGUGCGUAUGGUAGCAGUGUGGAUGUUUUGAGUACAGCGAUCAACUCCGCCGUCUCUUCUCCCUUUUCCGUGGCUCCCACUCUCCCUCCGAGCAUCGGGCUCGGGGUCACUGGUGCCCCAAAUCUGGCUGGAGCGGGCCUGUUGUCGCAAAUUCACGCCACAUCUUGGGACCCUACUCUCAGCACAGACUGGGACAACGAGAAGGCGUCGCAACAGUGCAUUCUCAGGAUAAAAAGAGAUAUCAUGUCGAUCUACAAGGAGCCACCCCCAGGAAUGUUUGUGGUGCCCGAUCCUCAUGACAUGACAAAGAUCCAUGCACUCAUCACUGGGCCUUUCGACACGCCCUACGAAGGAGGCUUCUUCCUCUUCCUGUUCCGCUGCCCUCCAGACUAUCCCAUCCACCCUCCCCGGGUCAAGCUCAUCACCACAGGUCACAACACUGUGCGCUUUAACCCAAACUUCUACCGCAACGGCAAAGUCUGCCUCAGCAUCCUUGGCACCUGGACUGGGCCUGCUUGGAGCCCCGCUCAGAGCAUCUCCUCUGUGCUCAUCUCCAUCCAGUCCCUGAUGACUGAGAACCCCUAUCACAAUGAGCCUGGCUUUGAGCAGGAACGUCACCCAGGCGACAGCAAAAACUACAACGAGUGCAUCCGCCAUGAGACCAUGCGGGUGGCCGUUUGUGACAUGCUCGAGGGGAAAGUGCCCUGCCCGGAGGCUCUGUGGAGUGUGAUGGAGAAGUCUUUCCUGGAGUAUUACGACUUCUACGAGGGCGUCUGCAAAGACCGCUUACACCUGCAAGGACAGAACAUGCAGGACCCUUUUGGGGAGAAGCGAGGCCGUUUUGACUACCAGGGCCUGCUGGCGCGCCUCAGCGCCACCCACAGGCGGCUGCGGGAGAAGUGUCUGUCGGAGGAGAACGACGGCGACUCCGACUCGGACACCAGCUCCUCCGGCACUGACCCGGACAGCCAGGGCAGCUCCCAGCCGUAAGCGGGCCGCAAAGCGGGCUGGCGGCGGGGUGGAAGGGGUCGCGCAGUAGUCGUCAUCUUCUGCGCUGCCUUUUGACUUUCGUUUUCUUGUCUGGACGCUUCUGUGCAGGCGAAGGGCAGAACCAGAGAUUUGGGCUUUUCGGGUUGUAGUUGGUCGAGGCGCACAAGUGAGAUGCAAAAAAAGACUCCUAGAGAUAAGUCUUCAAAUUUGGCUCCUGUCCUCACCAUAGCCAGUGACCAGCCUUUUCUUUCAUUCUUCUAUUGGCCUCUUGGAAAGCCAGCAACCAAUCAGGGGCAGGUUUUGACAGGGGGAGUGGAUGUCGGAGUAUGUGGUCUGUAACUGUGGCAACUCGACUUUCUCUGGUUAAAGAUGGAGGUAACCUCCAAAUAUCCCCUAUCUCCCCCUAAAAUACUCACACACACGCAUAUGACGCAGAUACAAAACAUGCAUAUGACAAAAACAUGCACACACGUGUAGUAAGGUGUGGAUUCACAUGUGCACACAUUCGAGUGACAUACCCACUUACACACACAGAGACCCACAUAUACACCAUAUUACAUACACACCACACAUCUAAUUUCAUUUACCCAUUAUCUCUCCAGCCCUACUUGUUCCUUAAGUGUGUGUGUGUGUAUGUUUGAGUACAUAAACACCGAUAUCUCCUCUUCAUUGAGCCACACCACUUUGAGAAGAAUAAAAUUAUGAACCAAAUCAUAAUUGCAUCAGAAAAUUCAUACUGAAUUGCAAUCCAUGGAUCUAAGAGAAAUCAAAGCAUAAAUUCACACAAGCGUGAAACUUGUACAUAAUCUAUAUAUAUAGAGCAUAGGUUGGAAAUGAUCGUGUUGAUGUUGGACUGAUGCAUCUAAUGCAAACAAUGAUGACCAAUGCAUCCGGUGCCAAUGUAGGGCGACCAGCAUGGCCGCUCCUCUGGCUCCAGAGCUUCUUUUCAGUAUGGCCUGAUGAUCUCAGCCGUGCAGUGCUUAUCCAGGGUCACCCCUCUGUGAUUUCCACAUACUACAAAGAGCCUUUGGGCCACCUCAGCACAGCACAUCAGAUGGAUUCGGGGUUGUAAUAUGGCUUACAGUGGCUGAGUGGCCACCCUCAGAGGGGACUCUCUAAAGGGAAGUAAAAAGGAAUGGCAUGUGCUCGGAGACAGAUUUUUGCUUUAGUUCAGAGAACACUCACAAACCUCUCAGGCUUUUUCAUUACCCUGUCUGACGCCAAGGACUCAAAUCUAAGUGGCAACCCCAGACAAGAGAAAAGUAAAACAAGCCCGCAAAAACUUUUUUUUUUUACAUUUGUAUCCUUUUUUUUUAUUUCUUUCCUGUUGUUGAGGUUUUUUUUUUUUUUUUUUUUUUCAUUUUGGUUGUCUUGGUGUCGACUUUUGUGUUCUCUGUGCACCUUUCAGCACUAUUACUUAAGCGAUAUUGGGUUGUCAUGGAAACUGAAUGCGUUGAGCGCGUGUAGACAAAGCGCUGACAUCUGGGAGAGCGGUGAGGUGUGAAAGGCUCCCUUGACAUUUGGUCCAUAUUUCACAUUACAGAUGCACUCUUCCUCUUCUCUCGUGAUUUGAGCGGUAGACUAGACUAGUUGGUUCUUUUUGAUUGUUUAUUCGUUUUCAGCUAGCAGCCAUUUUAUUUGACCAGAGCUCAAGAUCUCAAUUUAGAGAAGAACUCUCAGUUGAGAUUAUUGCUGGCAUCUGAAGGGUCCAUUUUGUAGUUUAAGCAUCUAGUGACCGCUGACGUGAUCCUUAUUCAGGUAGCGCCUGAUUCUGGAGUGCCUAGGACCCUGACCUGGGCUGUUUUCAUUCUUGAGUUAUAGUCCUGGCAAUGUGACUGGUGGAAGGCUGCAGGGUGGACAGAUACAUAGAUUGCAUAUUCUGUAAGAAACCCUUUGUCUGCAUUGUGUAUUUUUUUUUUUAUUAAAAUCAACUGUGCUUGAGUGAUUCGCAGAAGAUUCAUGGGGACCUGCUACUGACAAUUGUUUUUGUUCAUUUUAAAUGCCAGCAGUUGCUGUGGUGUCGUCUAUUUUUUAGGAUCCUGUCCUAUCCGCAUUGCAAAAUGUGUAGGUUUUUCUGGUGUACAGCGGUCUAUAUGUCAGAUGUGAUAUUCUCCACUGGUUGUGUUAACGUUGUUGACCAACAGCUAGACACCAAGCAAAAAAUGAAUGCACAUAAACUCCUAUACCGCUGCUUUGCUGGGGCCCAGGUCAUGCUUUCCCAGAGUGGUCAAACAGACGGUCCUGGUUCAAUAUGCACGCGGCCACCAGUGAGAAGAUGUCUCUGUAUGCACCCCCCUCCCCCCAAUACGACUUCUGGACAACAGGGCUUAUUGUUGUGAAGUGAGUCUGUACUCUGUACAUCGUUCCUUUUCUGGUUGUAUAAGCUGUGUGAAAAAGUGAUUUUGUCUCCGGAAGAACUGACGAUGAGACGGGAGAAUCCUCCUUCACAUAGUCUUUAACCUGUUCCCUGUUUGUGAUGUCAUCACACUCUCUAAUUGUGUAAAUAAUAUACCAGUAAAUGUAUCGAUCUAUUGCAAAUGUAUAAAAAGAAUAAAUAACAUCAAUCUUGGUGCCA